CAUGGCAGAGCCCAACUUCCCCCCACUGCCUGGAUUCAUUCCACUCAAGCCGUGUUUCUAUCAGGACUUUGAUGAGAUCCCUGAACAGCACCGCAGCAUGUGCAAGAAAAUGUACCACCUGUGGAUGCUGAAUAGUGCCACACUUGCGGUGAAUCUCAUUGGCUGCUUUGCUUGGAUGUUUGGCGGAGGUGGAGUGACCAACUUUGGACUGGCUAUCAUCUGGCUCCUCAUGUUCACUCCCUGCUCUUAUGUCUGUUGGUUCAGGCCCAUCUACAAGGCCUUCAAGAGUGACAGCUCCUUCAACUUCAUGCUGUUCUUUUUUGUGUUCAUGGCCCAAGUUGGCAUCAGCAUCAUCCAGAGCAUAGGCAUCCCUGGAUGGGGAGUAUGUGGUUGGCUGGCCACUAUCUCCUUCUUCAGCUACAAUAUUUUCAUCGCACUGAUCAUGCUGGUCCCUACUAUCAUGUUCACUGCUGUGGCCUCCCUGUCCUUCAUUGCCCUCACCAGGAUCCAUAACUUCUACCGUGGCAGUGGGGCCAGCAUGUCGAAAGCUCAGGAGGAAUGGACCACAGGAGCCUGGAAGAACCCUCAUGUCCAAGCAGCGGCCCAAGAGGCCGCCAUGGGGGCAGCUGCUGGAGCCAUGCAGAAUCAGUACUCCAGCCCACAAUAUAACGAAAACCAGAUGUAG